AUGUGCAACUUUAUGAGACUUGACUAUCUUCGGCCUAUUUAUGUGAUUCCAUGUGCGCCUGGAAAUAAUCGUGAUGUCCGAGGCCGUGUGAGAUUGCAAUUUCGUUGGGAUCCUAUUGAUCAACACACUGAUAAAUCGUCGCCUCGUUUUACACUCGCUUUGGAAUGCAGCAACUAUGGACAGAGACUCGGCGCCAUACAUCCUAUAAUUCCGCUUUCGACAAGACUUCUGCACUUUCUUCGACCGGACCUGACUGCAGAAUUCCUCUUUAUGCCCACGCUUAUGACACGUUUGACAAAUAUGAUGUUUGAAGGGACAAAAGCGGGCGAAAUGCCAUUCGCC